AACUAUACCAAUAACAUUAAACAUGUCGACUCCAUCAGUCCAGACUUUUGGUAAGAAGAAAACUGCCACUGCUGUUGCUCACAUCAAGGCCGGUAAGGGUUUGAUCAAAGUCAACGGUUCUCCAAUCACCUUGGUUGAACCAGAAAUCUUGAGAUUCAAGGUGUACGAACCAUUGACCUUGGUUGGAUUAGACAAAUACCAAAACUUGGACAUCAGAAUCAAGGUGUCAGGUGGUGGUCACGUUUCCCAGGUGUAUGCCAUCAGACAAGCCAUUGCUAAAGGUUUGAUUGCUUACCACCAAAAAUACGUCGAUGAAGCUUCUAAGAACGAAUUGAAGAAGAUCUUCACCGCUUACGACAAGACCUUGUUGGUUGCCGACUCCAGAAGAAUGGAACCAAAGAAGUUUGGUGGUCGUGGUGCCAGAGCGAGAUUCCAAAAAUCUUACCGUUAAUCACUUUCCAUCAUAUUACUCAUUAUAUUAUAAAAUAGGCGGGAUUUUGAGCCACUUACACAUAAUAAUUUGGAUGUAGGUCAAUAGCUGUAUAUGUCCAUGUACAAAUAAUUAUUGUC